AUGAUUUGUGAUUUGUCAGUUGAAAAUGAAAGGAUCAGAAGUGAGAAAAAGGAAUUUGAAAAUGAAAUCUUUUCUCUUAAGAAACAAGAGGCAGGGCUCCAGCAGCUAGCCAAGGAAAAUCUCUCAUUAAGGAGAUCCCAAGAUUCUGUUCAGGAGUUGGAAGAGAAAUUGGGCCAAGUUCGAGAAGAGAAGAAAACUUUGCAAACAACAAUGAAAAGUAUGACAAGUCAAGUGGAAAGUUUGCAGCAGGAGAAACAAUGUCUGGAAGAUAGACUUGGAAAAAUCCAGGAGAAAGAUUACACCAGUGACAAGAGGCUGGAGCACAUGGCUGCUAAGCUGUCAGAUUUUGAGUCAAAUUACAACAAACGAGAAAAUGAUUUCAAGGCAGUGAUGGAGCAGAAAGGAAAACUGGAGGCAAUUGUUAGGGAGAACAACACAGAGAUUAAGGAACUGGAAAGAUUACUGUCAGAAACUAGAGCAGAGUGUGAAGAUCUAAAAUCUGAUGCCAAAAAGCAGAUCAGUGAGCAGUUGAGCAGUAGGCAAAAGGAGCAUGAGGCAGCUUUUGCAGAGAUGAAAAUGAAAAUUAGGGAAAAAGACCAUAGCUUGCGGGAUAGCAACAAGCAAAUUCGUCACCUUGAAAAUGAAAUGAAGAACCUGGUGAAGAAAAGUGAGAGCAAAGAUGCUGAAAUGAAGACAUGGAAGGCGGAGAAAGAUAAACUGGUUUCUGCUCUGUCAGAGAUUAUUGAGAAACAAAGGGAGGACAAAGAAAGGGUUCAGGAUCUAGAGAGUGAAAAAUCUCGUCUGGAGGCUUUAGUUGAGGAUCAUAUUCAAACCAUAAGGCAGCUGACAGCAUCAGGAUCAUCUGUUAAAAAGUCCGGACUGAGAAGCACCUGCAAUUCGUCAGAUGUAUCCAUGUUGGAAAACAAUGAGACUCCACUCAGAAGGACUUCAACCAGAAGAGGAAGAAAACGGAGAUCAUAUUCCAUGUCAGAGGUGGAGAAUCCCGUUUCCAAGAAGAAAGACAGUCAUGUAUCGCUGUUGUCUGAGGACGUGGGUGAUGAUAGAGCAAGGAUCCACAUAGAUGCCACUCCACCUGUGGCUGCCAAAACUUUACGGAGGACUAGGAAGAAACAUCGGUCCUCAACUGACCUUCUCCGGGAGGAAGCAAAAGAUUCAUCCAAAUCAAAGGUAGACAUGGCAGACAAAGAAAAUAAAACCGUCAAAAGAAUUGGCUCCCUGUUGUCUGUGUUGAAAAAGUCACCAAUUUCAAGAUCAGCCAAGAAAAAUCUAGCAGGAAUCAAAGAAGUAGCUUCACCAAACCAGAAUCUGGGAUCAUCAUUGGUGGAAGUGGAGGACUGUGGUACACAAAUGUCAGCAGAGAAAAAUAAGGAACCACCGUCUCGCAAGAAAUCCCGACGACAUGCAUUGUAUAAAGAGCCCCUAACAAUAUCGGAGCCACUGGACUGUGGACAGUUCAUUAACACUACUCCAGAGGAGAAUGUGCAUGAUACAGUGCAGAAGAGGUUAAGGAGAAGACCCAGAAAGUGA